GCAGAAUGAUAGAUGUAUUUGCCGCACAGAAGGUAUAGUUGGAUACCUUCAUGUCCGAAGUGGUCGUCCGUCACCUGAUUUAACGGUUGGCUUUUGAUCGGAACUUUUAUCAUCACCUCCGUGUUCCAAUGCGCUCCCACUUUAAGCCCUCUUACGCCCGCAUUUGGGGAAUCCUCAUCACGCUGCUCGUCGUUUUUCUGUUUAUUUACUCUCGUCCACAAACGGUGAUCAUUACUCACCCUCUGACUCUACUCGAUGUUGCCGGUUGCCCUGUGACCGGGUCCGACUUUAUGCAUCGAUGCUGUCCUAAUCCCGAUAGAACGGUGGAUUUCGUCAACUUUAACCUGAUGUCUGCUCCGUCGUUUUCGACCAUUCUCCGACACCAUCCGAACGUCUGUGGUGGCUCAUGGAAGCCCACAACCUGUCAUGCUCUACAAAACAUAGCCGUUCUAAUUCCAUAUCGGAAUAGAGAAUUGCACUUACGCAUUUUACUUCAUCGUCUACACUCUAUGCUUCAGUUUCAACAAGUGGCUUACAGUAUCUACGUUAUCGAACAAACUGGCGACACGGAAUUCAAUCGAGGUCUACUCAUGAACAUCGGGAUCCGCGAGUCCCUCCGACAGGAUCCCUCUAUCGACUGUUUUGUUUUCCACGACGUAGAUAUGUUGCCUGAAAACAGUGAUAAUCUCUAUAUGUGCGACACGAACCUGCGUCACCUAUCCGCAGGCAUCGACGAAUUUCGGUUCCACGUUCCCUUCGCCAACUACGCUGGUGGUGUGACUGCCUUAUCGAAGGCGAAUGCGUUAAAGAUCAACGGAUUCCCGAACCGAUAUUGGGGCUGGGGUAAUGAAGAUGAUGAACUUGCUGCACGCGCUUUUCUUCACGGACUGAAGUUGUCUCGACCUCCAGGGCACAUUGGACGCUACCAUACGGUGCGACAUGUGAAGGCUUCCCGAGGCUCUGGUCAUUACGGAUCAUUUCGUGGCUUUCGCGGCUACCAAAAUGAUGGACUGUCUUCUCUGACCGACUCAUCAUAUACAGUGCUUGAGGAUGACAGUCUCACUAACAGAAGUCGCGAUGUCGCCUUACCAUUUGAGCUCAAUCAGUGUGCUCUGAAACGCAUUUCUGACCGUCUUGGUGUCAACAUACUCCCUUCACGCCGGCAUUCCGCGCUCACUUCCACAUUGACGGCUGUUGAGCGGUUAUCGAUCGACAAACUGGCCCGCAUUUUAUUGUACACACACAUAAAAGUGAAUGUCAGUGCAAUCCAUGCCACUGCGGCCAAACCUGCGAUAGAAACACAAGAAUCCCUUUUGUGGUUUCUCCGUUUUUACGGUUGGCUCUAAGCGCACUACAUCCUCCACACACCUUUUCAUUCAACCGGACUGGGCAACCAUGUGACCAAUUCGCCCUGAGCCUUCCCCCUUUGUUAUUCGCUUCCAUGCGCUUUAAUGAACACCUCCGCAUACGCUGCGGCGUAUCCGAUUGCUUUUACUCACUUCUUCCUCAUCUAAUAGGCUCUUCCCUUGUAUGAUAUUACAUUGUCUUUCAUCUAUCUAUACUCUAUCUUUCCUCACUAGAUUGUUCCAUGUAGGCACCCGUUUUGUAUAAAAAAUAGCCAUUUUAAAUUGUGGAGUUGUUUCAGGUCACUUUCUCAGCACAAUGUGUUCACCUUCGCCGCACUGCUGUCCGUCUGCUCCUGUUUCUCUCUCUUUCUCCCCGUAGUGCCCACCUCAGUUAUACACCAAUCGGCGCUGUCUACUUCGAACGCUUGUCAGUGACCAUUGGCAUCCGAGUCGUUUUCGAUUUCCCUUACUGCUUAUCGCUCAUUAGGUUACAUACUGAGAUGUCCCUGUAGGUUGGUAGUGGAUAACUCGUCGUUUAUCUGCUCCGAUGCGCGCAUUCAGUUGGUGUGUAGUCCAUUUGGUCAAAAUCACUUUUGUUUGCUCUGCACAGCAAUCUGCCAAGUGAAUUCACCUAAACCAGAACUUGGUCCUGGUGCUGAUACCGGUGUUGGUUCUGCAUCCUCAGCGGUUUUGCGUCUCUGUAAUUCUACUCGCUGUCAGCGAUUGUUGUGGUGCUCCAUUGUCUGGGCGAUCGCCUUGGGAUGACAAUUUUCACACAAGUCUGCUCUUCAGAAAUCAUCAAUCUAUCGAGAAAAUGUGAAUUGACCCGGUGAAUGGCAACACCUCGCA